CUACAAUAGCCUUUUUUCAGUCACUUGUUAUCGGAUCAAUUGUCAAUUGUGAAACCCCCUUGAGUUAUGACCGCUACCAGAAGUAGACCGCGUCGCUCUCAUGCAUUGGGCGGCUGCCGCACCUGCCGACGCCGCCAUGUCAAAUGUGAUCAAAAACGACCUGCUUGCCUGACAUGUCGCGCAUUGGGGGUAACAUGCGAGGGGUUCUCAGAAGAGGUCCGGUGGAUGACAGGCAAGAAGCAGUCAAACACGCGUCAUGCAGCUGCAACUGCUGCAGCAGGUGAAAAGUCGGCGGAUUUAGACAAGCAGCAAUCGCCUAUUAGCACGCGACGACAUCUUUAUACCGGUGGGCAUUGCUCCUGCAUAAUACAUUCAUAUAGCAAAUGGUGACCGCCUGACAGCUGUUAUUCUGCUCUAGAACAAUCCAGGGUUUCAAUGAGCGCGGCUUUGGCUGCAGAUCUCCCGUCUGGGUCAAUCGACGCAUCUCUAGCUGAGAUUGAUGCUCGCUCCAAGGACGAACGACAUUCGACCAGCGGGGAUAUUGUAGUUGGUCCUUUCUCAGUUAUGGAUAUGACUCCCGUGUCUUGCAGCGAGGAUCCUCCAAGGACAGUUGAUGCAGUCGAAGAAGUGGGAGAACAAGGAAAUGUUCAGCCGGCGACGCCACCUGUUAACGAUAUGCCACCGUUGGCAAUCAGUCCUUCAUCAAUGAUGAUGGGGUCCCUGGCACAAAUGGAUGACUUUCUGCAUUGGUCCGACUUAUUUGACCUUGGUCCGGAUCCGUUACACCUCACGCCACAUCCAUUUCUCGAAUCCGUGAACGGCUUUGAUUUUGCGAUGGCUUCAACAUUUACGCAGACAGAUACACUAGGACAUAAUGAUCCGAGACGGGUAAUGACUCCUCAGCAAAGUCCACUGGAUACCAGCUUGCCCCCAGUAGAUGUCAUGGCAGAUGCUCCAUUCUUACUAAAGCAUUUCCAAGACAAUGUCAUUGCACAGAUGAUGGCAAUGCCACUGGGCGAAAAAUCCCCAUGGAAGAUCCUCAAUGUACCCGCCGCAGUGCUGGCUUACAGCGAUUUGACCUUCCUGGGAACGCAGAACAUCAGCCAUGCCCGGUUGGCAAAUCUAUACUCUCUGCUUGCCUGUUCAGCAUAUCAUCUUGCAUCAAAUCCCGAUAUAAUUACCACGAAUUCGACGGAACACUGGAAAAUGGUGACAGAACAGGCGCACCGGCAAGCCAAGGAUCGCAUGCAAAUGUCUCUGAAGCAUGAAAUUCAUCAACCGAAAAAAGCUAAGUAUAAAGACCAACUGAUGGCUAUCUGUGCAAUGACUGCGUUUGCUAUGCUUUGCGGGCAACAAAAAGAUGCACGAUGCUACAUGAUCGACGCAGAGCGUCUACUGCGUCUCCGGGGUCUGUCUAAACCAAAAAUAUCGCAGAAGGCCCGUCUGCUACACCAUAUCUACACGUGGAUUCGAAUUGUCGGCGAAAGCACUUAUAUACUGCAUGAUUACAACCCAUCAAGCUCAUUUAUUGAAUCAUUCAACCGCCAUUUUCGAACUGAUCACAAUACUUUCUCGCAUCGCAAUCCACGCCUUGAUGACUUUCUUCAUCUCCAGCCCCGACAAUCAGACAGCGACCUGGACAUCGACCAGCCAAAAGAUAGCGAGGUUGCCCUACACGAUAUUCACCUACAAGAUUCACGAAAAUUCCCGGGAACGCUGUACAAUCAGAUCUACGGCAUUCCAGAGACAUGGCUCAGCCUAGUCUCGCAAACGACGCGAAUGGCCAAUGUACUGGAUUCAUUACGAAUCGCUCGACGUACACACAAAAACCUUAGCGCGGAAGCAUGGGACACUGUGCAUCGCCGACGGAUCAGACUCGAGAACAUGGUCUGCUCAUUUGACCUCAAUCAUGCACGAGAUAUAAAUGGCGACGGCAGCCCAAACAGUUACAUGUUACGAGCCCUAAGCUCCGCGCUGGUCAUAUUCUUCCACCGACGCAUUCGUCAAGUACAUCCUACUAUACUGCAAGGCCAUGUAGAUAGUAUUAUUGCAUCACUGGCAGAUUUUGAUAAUGCCUUGGAGCAGUGUCAGAAUCCAGGACCUGGGACGGCAUGGCCGGCGUUUAUAGCGGGCUGUGAAGCCGUCACGGUCUCGCGGCGGGAAGCGACACUGAGAUGGGUGGAAAAGGGUCACGCACAAUGCGGAUUUAUUGCAUUUACAAGGGCGAGAGAGGUAAUGCUGGAGGUAUGGAGGAGACAGGAUGAACAUUUGGCAGCUCGUAGAGGGGACGAUAUUCCUACAUGGGUGGAAGUAGCCAAGGAGUGGCAAUUGUGGCCGAUAUUUUGUUAAACACAUGUAUGAUAUUCAAAUCAUCACAUUCAUAUCGCUAUGUACAAAAAUAAAAUUCGUCAAAUUGAUCAAAUUAAAC